AUGAUUUCGGGCGACGCGGUGCAGAGCGCGGCGUCGCAGCUGCCCGGCGCGAGCGUCGAAGUGCCGGUGCAGCUCUGCCCCGUCGCGGUGGCGGCGCAGACGUGCCACAACCUCGGCAUCUUCGACGAGUCGCACGUCGCAGUGCAGUCCUUCCACAGAUUCUGUUUGAUUGGCCUGGGCAAGCUUCGGGUCGAGCGCGAGUACGACUUCGAGGCGCUCAAGUCCUUCCAGGCGACGCUCCAGUCGCGGUGCGGCAGGUCCGCCUCCUACCUGCUCCACGGCGCGGGCGCCACGGGCGAGGACGAGCCGCUGUCGAACCGCGACUACGUCGCGCGGUUGAACUCUGGCGCCUAUCACCCGGACACCGUGCGCCGCUGGUUCCCGGCGACGGACGACACCAUGGACACCGUGAUCCUCUACGACCUGCUCAACUUCAUGCACGCCGCGCGGCGCGCGAAGACUACAUACAUGCACACGGUCCGCAAGCGCAUCUGCCUCGCGGCGACGUCCGCGGACGGGAUGCUGAUCAAGCAGGGGCACAUGUUCGACGAGGAGAGCGGCAUGAACUUCGGGGCCGCCUCCGGGCCCUACGGCAUCGAGCGCGGGCGCCAGCUCGACGCGCUCGACGACGACGGGCUGCGCAAGUACCUCGCCGACGACCCGCUGGCCGUCGAGAUGGACGAGUACAUGAUCGCCACGGCCGACGGCGCCGUCGUGGGCCAUCUGGGCGCGUCGAUGAAGUCGCCCGGCGGCGGCGCGGCGACCAUCAUCGCGGGCGUCGCGCGAUACUUGCCCAUCGUCGCCUGCUUCGGUUGCGUGCUCGAGGCCCACCAGACCGGCGGCUCCAUGGCCGACGCCGAGGCCAUGUGCGACAUCUACUGCGACAAGUGCGCCGUCGCGGAGCGCGAGCUCGGCUGGGGCCACACGUGUGAGGAGCACGACGGGUUGCCAAGCUGGCAACUCCGCGUGUGCUCGACCUGCGAGGCGAAGAACGAAGUAUGCUACUCCUGCGUUGUGCUUGGGCAUAAUCAGGACGCCGGCUCGCCGGCCGACACCAUAUGGUUCAUAUUGGUGCGUGCGGAAUCGCUCAAUUUGGAUGAUGUUUUGGGUGAGGGCAUCCAUGGCGCUGGUGCUGGUGCUGGUGCUGCUGCAGCUGUGGGGGCUGGUGCUGUGGGUUUAAUACGACAUCUUUUCGUUUUAUCAUUGAUUUCACAAUUUUGUGAAUCUUUACUUGGAUCUUUUGAAAUUCUACAUGAAUUGUCUCCAGUUGGUCUUUCAAAAAAUUCACAUCUCCUUCGCCAACGCAUCAGCAACCUCUUCACGAAUCACACUCUCAUUCUCAGCCAUGAAUUCCUUGAACUCCUUAGCAACUUCCUUGGACGUCUCGCUCAUCUCAAUGAAAGGCUCGCGCUCAUCAUCGCUCAAAGACUUCCACUUCUCACCAGCUACAGCCAUAUGCUUCUCACCUUCAGGAACUUCGCCAUUUGGGACGCGAAGUCCGGCGUGCUCCUGUACACGGACAAGGGCCGCGGCGAGCUGAGGAGCCUGAAGAUGAUGGACAUCCCCGCGCCGAACGCCAUGGUCCUCUCCGGGCUCGUGGAGCCGACGGGCGUCGCGCUCCGCGGCGACGUCGCGUACGUCGCGUGCGGCGCGCUCGCGAGCGGCCGCGCGGGCUCCGUCGUCUUCGUCGACGUCGCAUCUGCGCUCGACCCGCGACGACGAACGGCGACGGACGACGGGGCGGGCGACGGCGAUGGGGACGGCAAUAAUGCAACAUUGACUGCAACAAAUACUUCAAAGAGGCGAAAGCGACAAGAGCUCACGCUCUCAGCCGCAGAGGGAGUGCAUGGCUCUCUCGUCCUGCGGCCCUACGGGCUCGCGACGUCGGGCUUCGGCCUCUUCGCGACGGACCGCCUCGCCAAGGCGGCCUUCGCCAUCGUGCUCAGCGACCCUGGCAACGGGAUCGCGACGAAGAUCUUCGUCGGCGAGGACGAGGUUGGCGAUAUCUCCGCCAAGGACGACAACACGGUCGCCGUCGCGAUGACGCGCUGCAUCGUCGUGCUGCACCGCGCCAAGGGCCUAUGGACGGUGACGCGGCUGCCGACCUUCGACAACGCGAAGUUCCGGGGCGUCUCGUGGUCGCCCGACCCGAUGAUCAUCUACGGUGUGGACGAGUCGCAGAACUGCAUCUGGCAGCUGAAGGCGGGCGGCGGCCCUCCGACGCGGAUCGCGGGCACGCAGAAGCGCGGCGCGUUGAGCAUCGGCGGCAGGGCGACGGCCUGCGCGCUCCAGGGGCCGACGUUCUGUUGUCAAGUGGGCGAGUCCAUCGUCUUCGCGGAGACCGCGGCCGGGCAGCUAAGGCUCCUUACGGACAUUUAUCCGUGGGUCCACCGCGUCAUGUCCACCGUCGCGUCGUGGGCCUGCUCCUUCGAGCACACCGCCGACGCCGCGGCGCACACGACGUCCCUCGCGGACGCCGUGAAGGCGACGCGGGCCCUCGACGAGCUCUUAUGCGAGCUCCACCACCAGAACUACGUGGUGACGGGACGACGCGGCGCCGACGCGCAGGGCCCCGUGGGGAACGUCUCGGCCUGUGUGCGGGCGUGCGUGUCCUGCAAAAUCGGCUUCUACGAGCGCGUCAUCACGACGCUCGCGGCGCUCGGCGUCCCCGCGCACGUCGCGCGCGAGGUCCGCGCCGCCGUGUUCGGGACCCCCAGGAACGAGAAGUGGCCGAUGCCCUACGUGCUCCAGUACCUGCUCGCGCGGUCCAAGGCGAUCCACGAGGACAUGAAGCGAAGGAACCCCUGCGGCUUCUCCUACAUGACCUCCCCGGCGUCGAGGCACGCGCCCGCGGACCACUACAGCUGCGACGGCGCGCGCGCCGCGACGGAGAUUUACACGCUCCAGAAGGCCGGCCGCCGCGGGCGCUCGAAGGAGGCGAAGGCGGAGCGGAAGACCGCCGUCGCGGACGCCGCGCUCAUGCGGGGCGUCGCGGAGCGGCUCAAAGGGAAGCGCCAGGCGCCGCCCAAAGCCCGCGGCAUGGAGGGACCGGGCGCCUACGUCGACGCGCGCUGGGCGCCGAUUUCCGCCGGCGUCGCGGACCAAGAGGUGCGCGCUCGCCAGCUCGCGCUCGACGACGCGCCGCUCGCCGACGCGGGCCGCGGCGGCGACCGGCGGACGCUCCUCUUCCGCGCGGGCGACCUCGUCAUCGUCGACUACGACGGCGACGCCCGCUUGGCGCAGCUCAAGGAGUCCCUGGUCCGCGUCUCCACGGAGACGGGCCGUGGCACGACGCGCGCGACGACGCGGACGAUGGAGCCGCCGCGGCCGUCCGUCCGGCUCUACGUCCAGCGCGACGACGGCGAGCGCGACGAGGAGACCAACAGCGUGGCCUACGAGACGAGCCGGUUCGCCUGGGUCGAGGUCGAGGCGCGGAACAUCUGCGCCGGCGUGCGCAAGGAGAAGAUCUUCGCGGUGGAGUACAACAAGGACGCGUCGCGCCGAAUCGCGUCGUUCCGCGUCUACGACGACGAGGCCGAGCGGCUCACCUCGAUCUGGCGCCACGGCGGCGACCUCGACGACACGCCGCCGCCGUCGGACGACGACGACGACGACAGCGACGACGAGCCCUCCGGCGGGGGCCGGAAGCGGAAGCGAAACACGCCCAAACUCGAGUCUCGCCGCCGAGUAGGGGUAAUCCGGCUGCUCGUCCUUCUCCGAGUCCCACACCGUCAUCCUCGAGCCGUCCACCUUGGUGAGCAUGAUCUCGAAGGUGUCGUUCACGGGCGUCUGGGCGACGGGGCUCGGCGUCGCCGCGACGACCGCGGACGCCAGGAACUCCGUCAUGCUCUGCCUCUGGUGUUUCUCGAGGUCCGGCGCGUUGCCGCUGUUGCAGUACGUCGAGUGCUUCUUCUUCAUGUGGUAGUCGAUGCACGCCUUGACGCUCCCCGUGAUCUCGUAGAGCUUGCCCUCGUUGUGGCACACGUUGCACCGCGCGAACAGCUGCUCGCUGCCCGACGCAGCCCGGGUCGUCGUGGUCGCUCGGGUGCGUGUGAUGUCCACGACGUCCACGGCCAGCGUCUCCGUGUCCUCGAAGUUGUUGCCCGUCCACGUCUUCGUGUAGCCGUAGGCGGCCUUGGCCUGGCUCUCGAGCAUGCGCGCCUUCCUGCGGAAGUUCGUCUCGGCCUCGUCGAGUUCGUCGUCCGAGCUCUCGCCGCCGCUCUCCUCCUCCACGUCCUCCUCGUCGCCCGAGCCCGCGCCGCCAGAACUCGCCCGGAGCGUCGUCUCCAAGCGCGCCGCGCCCUCGCGGGCGUCGGCGACCGAGCCCUGGAGGACGAGGUCUACAUCGUCGCCGGCGUCCUCGCGGUCCUGGAGGGAGACGCCCACGGAGAGGUCGUAGUCGCCGAUGCGGCCCCUGACGACCGACGGAUCGAAUUUGCGGCGGACGAAGUUGAUUGCGUCGGAGAACGCGAGCUGGAUGCGCCCGUCGACCGUGUCCACUGCUGGGAUCGUUGCAUAAUUCCGCAUUAUCGCGCGGCUGUUAGAAGUCUCUCUAUCUCUCUAUUCGAUGAUAAGAUAAAGCAAAUUGAACCUAUACGGACAUUAGUUUCCAUGAGAGCAUAUCUGAGCAUUGUCUUACUGUCGUUUUGCACAUCUUUUGGCUGGGGCUGUUCCCACUACAAGCUUGAACUUUUUGAUUACACCGGAGACGGUUGGUCUGGUAAUCAGUAUCACUUUGUGGACGAGUUGGGCAAUACCAUUAUCUCUGGCACGUUGACUCUCGCGGAUGGAUCUUUCAGCGAGAGGUAUGUUUGCGCUGAUGAUGGCUGCUAUCGUGUCAAGGUCGGGGGUAACCCGUAUGGAAAUCUGGAUCAAAUUGACUGGACUCUGACCAUGAUCGAAGACCCCUUCGAUACAGUAUCAGGCACUGCAUAUGGUGAAAUUACAGUCCAGCUGAGUGGAGGGAAAAUUUUAGAGAAUGCAUGUUCACGGCCGCCCAGCUUGAGCAAUGUUCCAACUCGGCAUCCAACCUCGACACCAGGCCCAACUUUGACACCAGAACCGACGCCUAGAGCUACCACUUGCUACCAUCUGGAAUCUCUUAGCAUACUGGGCAAUGGAUGGAACGAUAAUGUCCUUGAUAUCAAAUCUGACUAUUUAUUCCUCACAUACACCUUUGAUGAUGGGUUCUAUAAGGAAGACAGUGUCUGCAUUGAUGAUGGAUGCUACGAUUUUCGCUUUGGAGGGGGGUCCCAACUAGAUGCUGCGGGGUUUCGCUUCGUUUUUGAUGACAAAUUUUAUGGAGAAGUCCCGACAUCAGGGCUCAUUGGUCUAUCGCAAGGAGCCGUGUCCAUGGGGCAAUGUACCUCACAGCCUUCUCUCAGCACACCGCCCUCAAUUUCGCCAAACCCGUCACCUAGUCCGAGCGUUUCUAAAAGCCCGACAGUGACCUUUACGCCCACAAACACUCAUAGCCCAAGUGUGGAUGCGUGUAAGCCCGAGUGUUAUCACAAUACCUGCUUUGAUCUGAUCUUGGCAUAUGAAGACACCACAUGCGAGAAUCUCCAAGAACUUGGGUGCACAUGUGCCAACUGUCGUUGCCCGGACCCCCGUCCGACGAGUGUCCCCUCGGCGAGCUUAAAGCCCACUUUGACCAAGACUCCAACAGCAGCCCCCACGACAGCAACGCCAACAACGCCGAAACCCAGUCUGAUGCCCCAUGCUCGACCGCCAAACCUUGAUUCCAUCAGUACAGAUGAUACUGAUGAUGAGAUGCUCUUAUCGUCAGAAGAGGGGCUCCUGAUUGUCUUUUGCAUUGCCUUUGUCAGCGUUAGCCUUGGACUGUGUUUGAGGGAUCUGAAACACAAGAGAGACAGCGCGAGAGAAGUAGAGAUACACGCACAUCAAGCAGGUAUCGUUAACGCAUCUGCGAAGCACACCGUAGAGCAGAGAAAGAAUACUUGCUCUGCGCCAGAACUCGUUAAUGCCACCGAAACUCAUAUAAACACGGCUCCGGAGAAGCAAAACAGCUCCCUUCCUGUAGCAAACAUCAAAGAAGAUGUCAUCGAGUUCUCUUAUAUUUGA